AUGUUCACUGUCGCAUUGUUGCAUGUAGUCCGGUUUUUUUUGGCUUUCUGCGUCUUUGGUGCAGUAGAAGCCAAGCGACAAUCUAUUUCGGAGGAGGAGGAUCCAAAUUCACGCUUCCAAUGCCAGGGAUCGCUGAGUGAUUACGCAGCUUGUCAAUGUCGAGAGCAGGACAGCGAAUUGUCUUGCAUAAAUGCUCAAUUUGUUGAUACUGAUAUUUUCCUCCAUGUAAAUAAUCUUUACAGGCACCUCCGGAAAGUGACAUUUCAUGGGAAUAACUUUCAAGAUCUUCCUAACAGUCCGUUAUUUGGACGAAAUAAACAUGAAAAUAUCGAGGUGCUGAAUAUUUCAGCAAAUUACAUUGUGAAUUUGCACUCGAAUGCACUGCGAGGAAUGCCAAAUUUAUUGGUGCUCGAUUUGAGUAAUAAUGAAAUUGUGCUCAAAGAAGAGGAUAUCAAUUUCCUGUCACAUACUCCAAAAUUGAAACAGCUGUAUUUGAGACGAGCAUUCACACUGCUUGUCAAUCGUACCGUACAGUUUUCUCUGAUGAUGCGAAUGUUCAGGAAAGCUAAUUUAGAGCAGCUAAAUUACAUUGAUCUGAGCUACAAUUAUUUUACCAAACUACCCUACAACUUACCAUGUCCAUUCCCAUCCUUGAAGUAUCUCGAUUUGCGCCAAAAUUUUCUUCAAACGAUCAAUCUUAAUACGACAUGUUUAUCCAGAAUUGAGACUAUUGAUCUUAGCAGGAAUCAUAUUCGUCAACUGGAUGAAGGAUUUCGACAAGGAAUCGGCAGAUAUGCACAGCCAAAUUCGUUGUUAUUAAGAAAUUCGUUUCAUUGCAACUGUGAAAGUAUUGAUUACAUCAAAUGGAUUCGAAGUACUGAUAAGAUUCGUGACAAGCAUCAGCUCUCAUGUCAUCGAGCCAGUCCACCUGCUUAUGCUGGAAUUUCAUUAGUUGAUGUACCGUUGGAAAAGUUAGACUGUACAGUACCUCUUACCAUAAUAUCGAAUGUGGGCAACACGAUACUCUCGACAACAUUUCUCCUUUUUGCACUGUUCUUUUGA